AUGGCUGCACAACAACAAGAACUAGAUGAGAAGAACCCAUUCUAUGAGUUAGUAGUCAUUUGUAGUACUUCUGGUCAAUUUGACCAAACCGUCAAUUCGUUCAAAGAUAUUAUAAAGAAGUCUAAGUUAGUAUGUAUAAAAGACUCUGAGUUGUUGGAUUGGAUAAAGAAGUACCAAAGAAGAGUUUUGAAGUAUAAUGCUAUAAAUGAGUAUAUAAAUUCUAAGUUCAAAGACCCUAAUGAGGAAAUGCAGAGAAUAUUAGAGAAGAAACACUUCAGAAACAAACAGAAAGAGAUAGAAUACAUUUCGAAGAAAUUGCAAUCUUACGAUUGGAAGACUUACCCUCAUAGAUGUCUUCUUAUCUUAGAUGAUUUCGCCUCUCAUCCUUUGUUAAAGAACAGAGAACAAGAUAUGUGUCGAAUUCUUAAGAAGCUCAGACACUUUAACAUCUCAGUUGUCAUUUGUGUACAGACAGCAAAGAGUUUAAGUAAGGAUGUUAAAAGAAUACUUACUGACAUAAUACUUUUCCCCGGAUUGUCCGAAGACGAUUUCAUGGAACUUAUGAAAGAGUCCAUGGCAGGUAAGUUUGACAGACAUGAACUAUGGGAGAAGUACAAAGUCAUACAAGACCCUCAUACUUCUUUCAGAAUUCAUAUCUACGCAAACAAAGUUCAAAUUGUAAAAAGUCAAGCUUGA